AUGGACCAGCCACAACUCUGCUUCAAACGAUCUGUCAUUGGUCGUGUUCGUUCGGCAACCAAACCCGAUAUCGAACCUCCACUGAGACUGGGAGAAUCGAUACUCCAAUCGAUAUGGUCGACGACGCCAUUAGGUUGGCCCAUUAGGCAGCUCCUCAUGUCGGACCGGCAAGCCCACACAACGGAACGGAUCUACGCAGUUCCUCUACGUGAUAUUCCUUAUUUUGCGGAUUGUGAUUACGGUAUGAUUGCUCCGUGGAAGGAUUUCAGCUGCCGUCCCUACGAAAAGAAUCUGCGAUCAAUAGCGAUCGGAUUUCUGCUGUCCUCACUAAUAGACUGUACAUGGAUGGUUUUUCAGUCGAAAAGCGUGCUGAAUGUCUGA